AUGCCGCCUCCAUCCUCGAGGUCGGAAGUCCUCUCCCAUCUUCGGGACCAAAUCAAGAAUGGAAAACCUAUCGUCGGAGCUGGGGCAGGUACCGGUCUCUCGGCCAAAUUCAUCGAGGCCGGCGGUGCAGAUCUAAUCAUCAUCUACAACUCUGGGCGGUUCAGAAUGGCUGGAAGAGGCAGUCUCGCAGGCCUGAUGCCGUACUCGGACGCCAAUGCAGUUGUGGUCGACAUGGCAAGAGAAGUCAUCCCCAUUGUGAAUAAGACCGGAGUCCUUGCCGGCGUAUGUGGUACAGAUCCCUUCCGAAUAAUGCCCAAAUUUCUCGAACAGCUCAAAAACAUGGGCUUUUGCGGAGUUCAGAAUUUUCCUACCGUUGGUCUCAUUGAUGGUACGUUUCGAGCAAACCUAGAAGAGACCGGAAUGGGUUAUGAUAAAGAGGUGGCAAUGAUUGCCGAAGCACACAAACUAGAUCUCCUCACCACACCUUAUGUCUUUAAUGUCGAACAGGCUGAGCAAAUGACGAAGGCCGGCGCCGAUUGUCUAGUCGCCCAUAUGGGUCUGACAACAUCGGGCAGCAUUGGUGCAAGGACGGGAAAGUCGUUGGACACCUGUGUCCAAUUGAUUCAAGACAUACGGGAUGCCGCAAUCAACAUCAACAGCGACAUUAUUGUUCUCUGCCACGGUGGUCCCAUUGCCGAGCCCAAAGAUGCCGAUUAUGUUCUCAAUCGCACCAAAGGAGUCCAUGGAUUUUUUGGAGCCAGUAGUAUGGAGAGACUACCGGUUGAAAUUGCCAUUACCAACACAACUAAGGAGUUCAAAGAUUUGAAAUUCAACCAGUCAUGA